GUGUCAGGGACCGUGCCCCCUGCUUCAUCUGCUCGUGAAGGGGAGCUCCCUCGUCCUACCGCGGGAUCCUCUCCUGUCGCGCCGGGCAAGAAAACGACGGCCGCUUCGGGGAUUGCGGUUCCUCCCACGCAAGGACUGAGAGCUUUGGCAGAUGCGGUUCGCCCGAAGAAGAAAAGAGUGGUGGUGAAGGGAGCUGAUCCCCGGGGGGCGGGU